AAGACUAAAGAAAAAGCCCAGAGUAAGUGACAGAGACAUCAAUGGUUUAAGGGAUAGCGGGAUCUUAUCCAAGGUUGUAUACCCUACUGUGCAGAGACAGUGGGAGGGACACGACAGCAGUCUUCACUACUCAGGGAAAAAGAGGCUACCAUCAACAGGGGGAAGAGACGUCAGGUUGGCUCCGUUACCAGAGAGGCCAGCACCUGGGGCAAGGGGCAAGCACACGGGCUGUUAAUUGGGCCCUAUAAUAAGAGAAGUAGAUAGUCACGAGAGAGAAGCAGGGCCUGGUUAUGCAGAAAGCAAGAGAACAGCCAUCUUGAGUGGCCUGACUAUAUACUCCUUUCCUACACCCAUGCAUAAUUCUUACAGUCUGUGUCCACCCAUCUUCCCGGAUACCCCUGGAGUCAGGUAUGUAGAGAUACAUGGAAACCAUAUACCACACAUACAGAAUUGAGGAACUGUAGCUAAAGAGUAUUGAGAGGCCAAGGGAUGGACAAUUUGGGGGUCACAAGCUUAACAAGUCAAUUUUUCAUGGAAGUCCAGAAGAGGACGACAGUCAUCUCGCUUUAGCCACUCAGCAAUCAUACUUGUUUUGCAGUGAAGCCACCUGUUCAUGAACAGAUUCCCUCUGUUCAGACUAAGGAUGAAAUGCAAGAUGUUUAACAGGCACAAUACAGGGGAGAUCACGACCACUAAGCAAAAUGCAAGCAGUAACAGCCUUCUGAGACAACGUCACCCUGCCUGUGGUUUUCAUCCUGGCCUGCAGGACCAUCUUGCCUGUCCACCCACAGUGCUGACAGCUGGUGCUGAAUACUGGAGAAGCGAUGUGACAGACGCCAUGUUCAAAAUGGGUUGUAAAGCAGCAGAGACAACUUGCAACAUCAAUAACACAUUUGGCCCAGGAACUGCUAAUGAAUGUACAUUGCAGUGGUGGGUCAAGAAGUUUUGCCAAGGAGAUGAGAGCCUUGAAGAUGAGGAGUGCAGUGGCCAGCCAUUGGAAGUUGACAGUGACUGACAGAGAGGAUCAUUGCAGCCAAUCCUCUCACAACUACACGAGAAGUUGCCGAAGAACUCAGUGUCGACCGUUCUUCAGUUGUUCGGCAUUUGAAGCAAAUCGGAAAGGUGAAAAACCUCAAUAAAUGGGUGCCUCAUGAGCUGCCCGAAAAAAGAAAACAAUCGUUGUUUUGAAGUGUUGUCUUCUCUUAUUUUAUGCAAAAGCAAUGGACCAUUUCUCGAUAGGAUUGUUAUAUGUGAGAAAAAGUGGAUUUUACAAGACAACCUGAGAUGAUCAGCUCAGCUGCUGGAUCCCACUUUGCAUAUCCCAAAGCCAAAGUGCACUAAAAAAAGGCCAUGGUCACUGUUUGGUGGUCUGCUGCUGGCCUGAUCCACUAUAGCUUUCUGAUCCUGGCAAAACCAUUACAUCUGAGAAGUAUGCUCAGCAAAUCGUUGAGAUGCACCAGAAACUGCAACGCCUGUAGCCAGCAUUGGUCAACAGAAUGGGCCCAAUUCUUCUCUGCAACAACGCCUGACCACACAUCCCACAACCAAUGCUUCAAAAGUUGAAUGAAUUGGGCUACAAAGUUUUGCCUCAUCUGCCACAUUCACCUGAUCUCUUGCCAACCAACUAACACUUCUUCAAGCAUCUCAACAAAUUUUUGCAGGG